AUGGAAAACACAUCACAGAUCCAUUUUGAUAACUUCACAGACGGAGACAGAAACUCGGAUGUAGAUUGGACAGAUUUUAAGACCAGUCCCGAGAGUAUACCAUAUUACCAUCGAGUUAUUGUUGCAUCCGUCUUAAUUUUAGUGACAUUGAUCGGCCUCUUGGGUAACACCAUCGUCAUCAUCACCGUCGUCGUCACCAAAAAGCUUCGUACGACCACCAACAUACUGGUGGUCAAUCUUGCAUUUGCAGAUUUGAUGACGUGCAUCUGCAUCCCGUUCAACGUUGUGGCCCUUCUAAGCAAGACAAAUGAAUAUCCAUUGCCUGACUUCAUCUGCGCCACCGUUUCUGGGGUCACCACUACCUGUAUCUGCUGCAGUGCCUCAACUCUAGCUGCCAUCGCCGUUGUCCGUUGGUACGUCAUAACGAGAUCCGUCCGUGGCCACCAAGGUAUCCAUACCGCUAAGAAAAUCACCUCAGUUGUGGCGAUUCUCUGGAUCGGUUCCACGGCUUCAAUGGUCAUUCCCCCUUUCCUUGGCAUAGGAGCCCUUGGCUAUUCGGAAUACUACUCCCUGUGUUUAACAACGGACACAAACCCGCUUGGGUUGUACUAUGCUAUCAUCCAAGGACUUUCAUUUGUCAUUGUCUUGGCCGUAACCAUGGUAUUUUACUUUCUCCUCCUGUACCAUAUUCUCCAGCACAAUAAGCACUUUCGGGACAGGUAUGAAGCUGACAGAACCUCAGACGAAGCUAAAGGCCAGGAUUCAUCACCAUCUUCCGUAUCUCGUCCACCUAUGAUCAAGGCCAUCAACAGAAGGGAGAUCAAGAUUACCAAGAAUCUCUUCAUCGUUGUCUGUAUCUUUAUCUUAUGUUUCCUACCAAUCGGGGUGAAUCUGAUCAUUCCUGUUAUUUACAGCUUUUACGGCAUCAUAUUAGUUCUGGCAAACAGCGUCGUGAACCCAAUCGUAUAUGGACUCAGGCAUCCCAACUUUCAGGAAGUCUUCAAGAACGUCCUUAAUUGCGGCAGGUGUUCCAAGGAGGAGUCAUCAAGUCAAAAGUGA